AUGGGCGUAUGCAUGAGCUCCACCGGCGGCGGCGAGAACAAUGGAGAGGAGAGCAAGAAGCGGAGCCAACAGAUUGACAAGAAACUGGAGGAGGAUUCGCGGCGCCUACGGAGGGAAUGCAAGAUCCUACUCUUGGGUUCCGGCGAGAGUGGCAAAUCCACCAUCGUGAAGCAAAUGAAGAUUAUACACCAGAACGGCUACUCAGCGGAAGAACUCGCCAUGUACCGGCUGACGGUAUACAAGAACGUCAUCGACUGUGCAAAGUCACUCAUCGGAGCCAUGAGGCAGUUCGACAUCGAGCCAGAGAUUGAGGGCAAUGGCGCAUACUGCGACUAUCUCAUGGAGUACACCGUGGACCCCGAUCCAGAAAAGACGUUGGAGCCGAAGGUUGGCCAGGCUGUUACUUCCUUAUGGAAAGACCCUUGCGUGCAGAAAGUGUUGGAGCACUCAAGCGAGUUCUAUCUCAUGGACUCGGCACCAUACUUCUUUGAUGAAGUAGGGCGAAUAUGUGCGCCUGACUACACUCCCAACGAAGCAGACGUCCUUCGAGCGCGUACAAAGACGACAGGUAUCUAUGAGACUCGCUUCACAAUGGGCCAACUCAGCAUACAUAUGUUUGACGUCGGCGGUCAAAGAAGUGAGAGAAAGAAGUGGAUUCACUGCUUCGAAAACGUGACUUCGAUCAUCUUCUGCGUCGCCUUGAGCGAGUAUGACCAAGUUCUGCUUGAAGAGAGUAGCCAGAACCGCAUGAUGGAGAGUCUGGUACUCUUCGACUCAGUCGUUAAUUCCAGAUGGUUCAUGCGUACCAGCAUUAUCCUGUUUCUAAAUAAAGUCGAUCUGUUCAAGCAGAAACUUGCGAGGUCUCCUCUAGGGAACUACUUCCCCGACUAUUCCGGAGGCAACGAUGUCAACCGAGCGGCGAAGUACCUGCUUUGGAGGUUCAAUCAAGUGAACCGAGCUCACUUAAACUUAUACCCUCACCUUACUCAAGCCACCGACACGUCGAACAUUCGCCUCGUCUUUGCCGCUGUCAAGGAGACCAUUCUGCAGAACGCGCUGAAAGACUCGGGGAUCUUGUGA